GCCCCAAAAUGUGCUUGGCCGGAACAGUUGUUUCUAUCGGCUUCAGCAUUACCUUCACUUCGUAGGCUGUAGAAGGAUAGUUCCAGUCUAGAAGUGCUUUACCAGGAAUAGAAAGACAAAUACUACUUAUUUACUACACUCGAGUCCGCCCUCGAGUGUCGAAAUAUUUUUCAACGAUGGACCACGCAUUGAGCGAAGGUAGACUACUACCUUCGAAUUUCAGGUAGUACUCUACCGUGAGUAUUGAAAAUAGCUCACAUUUCCUUUAGUUACUCCACACUGAGCCCCAAAAGUACUGCCAUUUUAAGUACAUUCUACUUGAGCACACACAUUAUUUUUCCUCUCCGAAAACUGCCCCAGCAUGAGGUUGGUGACGCUCACACGGCGCAAAGGCCAGACGUACGGCUUCCACCUGCGAGGUGGAAAUGAGCAUGGCACAGGCUUCUUCAUCAUCAGAGUUGAAGAGAACUCCAUCGCGCAGAAGGAAGGCAUCAAGGCGGGUGAUGAGCUGCUGGAGGUCAACGGCAGAACUGUCAACGGAGCUGUCCAUCGUCAGGUGACAGACACCAUCGGUUCCUCCACGACCGUCACGCUGCUGCUGCGGGAGACGGGCAUCAUACCUGUCAAAGAGCACACUAGCGAUCCCGUCACCUGGCGCCCGGUGGUGAGGUCCCCCACAGGGGCCUCCUACAGCAGCGUGCCGCGCAGCACCGGAGGACACUCUUUGGGCGCCAAGUCCAACAAAGGGCUCUUGGCCAACAUCAACGUGGCCCAUGCUCCUCAUGGACACAACACUAAACUUGGGCAAACUGGCUCACUGAACCGAGUAACUAAAACCUCGCCAAUUCUUUUGUCCAACGGUCCACUAACUCGGAUACCAAACGGGCCAGUUGGCCAUGUGUCUGACGGAUCACUUGUACGCGUAGGCAAUGGUCCGAUGGUUCACCCCACCAAUGGUCCUCAUGUUCAAGGAAUUUACGCUUCCCCUGGCCGUAUACCUGACGGUUCCCCCAGGAUUUUAAGCGGUUUCCCGUGUACAAAUAACGGCAAUGGCAACAGAGGAGCGUCACCCAUGGGUCACCCCUCAAAAGCUAGUCACCGGGAGACUGGGGAGGUCAUCGAGAGAGUCCUGAGUGUCGUCAUCUCCACGGCAGGAAGAAACAGUCUUGGGUUUAGCAUGACGCACGACAAUGGCGUGGCUGUGGUGGCUACCGUGCGUCGUGGCGGCGCAGCAUGGAUGGCUGGCCUGCGUCAGCACGACGCAAUACUUGCGUGUAAUGGAAGACGCAUGUCUUCCUUGACGCAUGAACAGGCGGUGGCUGAGAUGAAGAGCAGUGUAGACAGCAUCAGGCUGGAGGUGCAGCGCCGUGUGGUGAAGAGUGACCUCCUCACUGGGGAGUCCUCAGGGUACAACUCCUCUGCCUCCUCCACCACGGGGGACCACCACUCGUCCCCCACCACCCACGCGUCCUCUAACCCCCGCCGACGCCGCAUCUCUAGGGGGGUCAGAGACCCUGUCUCGUCAAGGUGA